GCGCAGGCACGGGUCCUCGCCUGCUCUCGCAUAAGAAACAACGUGUCGCUUUUCUCUCCGCUUGAACACAAUCAACGGGCAUGAUUUGCGUUCUCUAGUUCAGCUGUAUAAUUUUCUGGAGUUCUAUCAAUCAAUCAAAAGACGUCUUCGCUCAGAUCCUUUUGAAAGCGGAGCGCCAAAUGCUCUACCUGGCCAGCUUGUGUGUAGUAUAGGGAGGACUUUAGCGAGGAUAUCUGGAGACAAUUCAAUCACCCAGCUCAAUCACUCGGGUACAGCAAAGCGUAACUCUGGUGUCGAGUCGCCAUAUAGCCCGAAGCUUUGGGCAAGAAAGCAGGUGGAGAUCAUCGCUCGUAGUUUGAUAAUACCCCCUCGUUUUCUUCAGGCAGUAGAAUUUACGGAGUUCGUCGACAACUUGUACAGUUAACGGCUGCUGAAAGGGAGGGGGACCGUCCCCCUGUAGUGACUACGGGAAGCAGAGCCUGUUAACGAUGCAGUUUAUAUGGGGACUCAAGACCGUCUUCUCCCACUUGCAUCCGCACCACCACCAUUAUCAUCACCACCACCAUAAGGGGCCAAAGCGACCGGAAACCGACAUUGUUGAUGACGUCACGCAGCUCAUCGGCCGCACGCCCCUGGUGUAUCUUAAUAAAGUGGUGGAGGGGUGUGCGGGCACCAUCGUGUGCAAGCUCGAGAGCAUGGAGCCGUGUGGGAGCAUCAAGGACCGAGUGGGGUACAGCAUGAUCGCUGACGCUGAGGAGAAGGGAUUGAUCAAGCCAGGCAAGAGCGUGCUGGUGGAGCCGACCUCGGGCAACACGGGCAUCGGGUUGGCAUUCAUAGCAGCGGCGAGGGGCUACAAGCUCGUCCUCACCAUGCCCGCCUCCAUGAGCCUCGAGCGCCGCGUGCUGCUCAAGGCCUUUGGGGCCGAGCUCGUUUUGACCGACCCUGACGAGGGCAUGCGGGGAGCCAUCAUUAAAGCCAAGGAGAUUGUGAGCAACUCAAAGCAUGCCUUCAUGCCGCAGCAGUUUGAAAACGAGGCCAAUACCAAGAUGAUUGCAGUGGAACCUGAAGAGUCAAAUGUCCUGUCAGGUGGAUACCCAGGGCAAUCGGGGCGGGCUUCAUCCCAAGCAUUCUGGAUGAAGCCAUGCUGGAUGAGGUCAUCGCGGUCAGCAGCGAUGACUCGAUUCAAAUGGCACGCCAGCUGGCGAUCAAAGGAAGGCAUGCUGGUUGGCAUAUCCUCGGGCGCGGCUGUGGUUGCUGCAAUCCAAGUUGCAAAGCGGCCCGAAUAUGCGGGAAAGAUGGUGGUGGGCCAUUAUUCCUAGCUUUGGUGAGCGGUAUUUAUCUACAACACUCUUCUCAAAUCUUUGGGAGGAGGUUUAUAACAUGCCAACGUCUCAGUAGCCUGUAAACUGGGUUAUAAACAUAAAGGGAUUUUGGCUCAGUUUGCUUAGGGGAGUAAUGGAAGGGCCUUCAGCAUCAUGUUAGAGUAUAUUUAUGUAAAACGCUGCAUUAUUGUGUUAUCGUAAUCGACGAUAUACG